AUGCCGCCGCCACGGAUAUAUCAGUUGGCACGCCUCUUCACAACAUCUCGAUCGCCUCUCAAUCACGUUAUCUCGCCCCGCAGUUUCCCCGCAAUCUGCUCACGCAAGCUUCACGCAGCAACACCAUACCUUGCCAUGUCUGAAUUUGACAAGUAUACCGCCAAAGGUAGCAAAGGAGCCUUUGCGUCGGAUUUGUCGACCCACGAUGGCAAUGCUUGGGGUGCGGCGAAGAACCCUGCUGCGUUCGAUUUUCGCUCCGAUGUGCACACCACGCCCACAGCAUCCAUGCUGACGGCGAUCCAGCAAUGCACGCUCCUCGAUGAUGUUACUAUGGAAGACCCUACCACACUGUCACUGGAACGCUUUAUUGCCGACCUAACAGGAAAAGAAGACGCGUUGUUCAUGCUGUCAGGUACAAUGGGCAAUCAGGUCGCGCUACGAGUACACCUCACAGCCCCUCCACACGCAAUCAUAUGCGAUCGAAGGGGUCAUAUCAUAAACUAUGAGGCAGGUGGUGUGGCGACUUUGAGCCAGGCCAUGGUACAGCCUCUCGAUGCGCAGAACGGAACGUAUCUCACACUCGAGGACAUCAGGCAACACGCUGUUCUGUCCGACGACGUCCAUGGCUGCCCUACACGUGUUAUAUCUUUGGAGAAUACUCUGAACGGUGCUGUUAUGCCUCUGUCCGAGGUGAAGAGGAUAUCGGCAUGGGCGCGCGAGAACGGCAUCAUCAUGCAUCUGGACGGCGCACGUUUAUGGGAAGCCGUUGCAGCGGGUGCAGGCACUCUGAAAGAAUUCUGUGCAGAGUUUGAUAGCAUAAGUCUGUGCUUCAGCAAGGGACUCGGUGCACCCAUUGGCAGCAUCAUUGUGGGAACGAAACCCAGCACCGGCCCGUGUAGCUGUCGAAGAGACUUUCCUGGGCGGCAAAUUGGCUCAAUCGCAUCAGACUGCAAAGAGGAUCCAGCAACUCUGGCCGCUCUACCAAACGUCUAG